CGUUGCGUCAGUUUUAGCGCGGAGUUUGUCGUUGGCGGAAAAGCUUCAUUUUGCUCAAAAAGUGAACAUUAUUUUAUUGAACAGCAGCUUGAGUGAGUUAUGUGCAGUGUUGCACUGAUGGAGGAGUAACCCAUGACAACAUGGGGUUUUAUAGCAUGCUCGUUUGAGAAAUUAUUCCACUUUACGACCAGCUAAAGCGAUGGAGCUGUCUUCUGUCUGCACAGAAAGCAUCAGCAAAGACGGAUGUAUUAUGAAGUCUGACAGAGGUCAUCGGAAAAGCAAAAUCUCAAGGGAUGUGGAGCUGGAUAUUGAAUUACUCUAUAAAGCUGUUCCUCAGCUGGCCAAGGUUUUUCACAUCAUAGACAAAAUUGGAGAGGGUACGUUCAGCUCAGUGUACCUGGGUCAGGCUCAGAUGCGAGAUGGGACCAAGGAGUUGUUUGCCCUGAAGCACCUCAUCCCAACCAGCCAUCCUACACGCAUCGCUGCUGAGCUUCAGUGUCUCACUGUUGCUGGAGGCAGAGAGAAUGUGAUGGGGGUGGCAUACUGCUUCAGGAAGGACGACCAUGUUGUGAUUGUAAUGCCCUACAUGGAGCAUCAAGCUAUUGUGGAUGUUAUUGGCUCAUUGAGCUUUGAAGAGGUCCGUCUGUACAUCUACCACUUGUUGAAGGCGCUAAGACACAUCCACCAGUUUGGUAUCAUUCACCGAGACAUCAAACCAAAUAAUUUCCUCUAUAACAGGAAGAGCAAAUUGUAUGCACUGGUGGACUUUGGCCUGGCUCAGGGUACAGCGGACACCCAGAUUGAGCUGCUGAAGGUGGAUUUGACAGGACUAUGCAAAGUGCCUCGGCCUGUGUUUGGAGAGAGGAACCUGAACAACUACACUGCGGCUCCCUCUUCCACCAAACAAGCUGCUAUUCAUACAGAGCUGGUAAAGCCCGCCAAAACGCAGGAUCCAGUUGGCCGAAGGCCCUCUGCAGCCAGCCGGGCCCCCCUGCCUGUUAGGACUCAGAGUAGCAGUCAGAAACCUGUGAGGACCAUACAGCAGGACCUCACCUGCAACUGCUACUUUACUGAACGUGUCUGCAACAUCUGCAUGUCCAGGAAGCAACAGGUGGCACCACGGGCUGGGACACCAGGCUUCAGAGCACCAGAAGUUCUCACAAAGUGUCCAAACCAAGGAACAGCCAUAGAUGUGUGGUCAGCUGGAGUGAUCCUGCUGUCAUUGCUCAGCGGCCGUUAUCCAUUCUUCAAAGCCAGCGACGACAUGAUCGCGCUCACUCAGAUCAUGACCAUACGUGGCUCCAGAGAGACCAUCCAGGCUGCUAAGGCUUUUGGUAAAGCGGUGGUGUGCAGUCGGGAGCUGCCUCGACAGGACCUCAGGACACUGUGUGAGACGCUGAGAGGACGAAAACUUGUGCCAGAUGACGUCACACCACUUCCUGAAGCAAACAGAAACUCCACUCUCACCCUCCAUUGUAAAAUCCAAGAUGACACACCAACACACUGCCCCACUGAAGGAACAUUCAGGCAGCACUCAGCUGGAGCAGGUGAAACUUCUUUGCCUCACUCUUCUAGUCUUCAAAAACACCAGGAGCUCUCAAGGAGCAAAGGAACCUCCAAUGGCCUUGCUAAGCAGAGCUCAGAGAGGGGCUGCAAAGUGGAGGAAGACAAGUCCUGA